GGACAUGGCUGCUACUAACUGAAGUUUAAAUUGCAGCUCAAAAACGCCUGGACAUGUACAGUAUUUCACUUUAAAUAAGAAACAAUUCUUGAAACACUUUUUAUUACUGCAAAACCUGCCUUCUCAGGAAUGAAUCAGACCCUAAGAAGAUGAAGUCAUUAUUUUUGUUAUUGUGGGUGUUAGGCACAUCCCUAUCCUCCCCUAUAAUACAACAGGGCAUUAAGUCAUCAAUUAAAAAGUCAGGUUAUCCAUUUAAAGCACCCCGACCAUCUGCUCUAUCAUCCCCUCAAGUUGUGGUCAUUCCAGGGGAUCAAAAUCAGCAACCACCCUCAUCCACAUCCUCCUUAGGUUCAAAUAUCUUUGUUAUUCGCCCAUUUGCAAAAUCUGAGUCUAAGCAAUCAAAGGAUGCUGCACAGCCAUCACCUAUAACUCGUAUUAUAGGUAACCAAGGUCCAGGAUCAGGAAAUCAACCAAAUGUAUUUGUCAUCAGUCCAUGUCCCUCCGGUGGUGGGGGAGGUGCAGCUGGUCCCAGAGCUGGUAUGCAAGCACCACCACCAGUACCACCUCCAUCUCCUCCUGCUGCUGGGCCUCCAAUCUUUAUUUUCCCUCCAUCUGGACGAUCUUCUAAGGGUGAAUCAGGAAAGCAGAGCCAACCUCCAGCACAAGCACCAGUGCAAGCUCCUGCAGCAUCCCCAGCAAUGCCUAACAUCUUUAUCAUUUCACAAGGCCCAGCAGGAGGAGAGUCAGCUCGAGCAAAGACUCCUGCCCCAGCACCAGCUGCUCCUCCUCCACCAGCACCUGUUCAGCCAUCACCUCCCAUAUUUAUCUUUCCUCCAUCUGGUGGGUCAGACUCAGCAGGACAAGGAGGGGGACAGCAAAAACCUGUACCACCACCACCUCCUGCGGCUCCUCCACCCCCUCCACCUCCUUCCAUAUUUGUGUUUGCUCCACCUAGUGGUGGUUCUGAAGCAGCAGAUUCUGCUGGAUCACAUACAGAAGAUCCACAUCCAGCAGCUCCACCACCAGCUCCAGCAAUGCCAGGCCCGCCCAUUUUUAUAUUUCCACCAUUUUAUGAUGGAAAUGGAGGUAAUGGAGGAGAGGAAAGAGGAGAUGGAGGAGGAGCUCAUGCAUCUGCUGCAAUACCACCUGGUGGUACUGGUGGUGCUUCCCAAGCACCAGCUCCAGGGACUCCAAUUGUCAUUUAUCCACCAGAUGGCUCUGGACCUGGUGGUCCUGUGGUUCAAUCUGCUGGACCAGGGUCCCCUUUUAUCAUCUUCCCACAAUCCUCUGGUUCUCCAGGUGGUUCAAAAGCAGCUCCAGGACAAGGACCUAUAGCUGGAGCAGGAGGAGGAGGUGGUGAUGCUACUGGUGCUGGUCAUGGUGGACCGGGAGGGUCAGCACACUCUCCAUUAUCUCCCCCAGGUGGAUCAGCCCCAUCUUCACCUAGUGCUCCAGGAGCACCAUUUGUCAUAGUUCCAGGUGAUGGUAGUGGUUCAGGUGGUCCUGUGGUUCAAGGAGGAGGAUCAGGUUCCCCAUAUGUUUUUUUUCCUGGUUCUGCUGGACCUCAGGGUGGUUCCACUGGAACCUCUGGACGAGGUGAUUAUGGAGGUCAAACGAUGUUUUUCACAACAAUGGGAGGGGGUGGUGCUCCUGUGGGAUAUGGUGGGGGAGGAGCUGGUGAAGGUGCAGGGCCAACUGGUGGAGGACCAUCUCAACAGCCAUCAAUAUUCAUGAUGCCUCCUCAUGGUUCACCAUCUUCUGGAGGAUCAGGAGCUGCUGGAGGGGGGGGAGGUACUGUAGCUGGAUUUGGUGGAGGAGGUGCUGCAGAUGGAGGACCAUCUCAACAAUCACCUCCUGUAUUUAUCAUCAAUCCGUAUGGUUCAUCACCUGCUGGAAAAUCAGAAGGGCAAGCACAUUCUUCUUCCUCAAGUCCUCCAAUUUCAUCUGCAUCAGCUCCUGGAGCACCAAUUGUCAUAUUUCCACCUGAUGGUUCUGCUUCAAGUGGUCCUGUUGUUCAGUCAGGUGGCCCCGGCUCUCCAUUUCUUAUUUUCCCUCCUGGUGGAUCUCAAGGAGGUGCAAAAUCAAAUGGCAAGCCUCAGUCAUCAGGCCCUGCAGCUGGUGCAGCUGUUAAAGGUGGAGGUGCAGGUGGGGGAUCUAGUCCACAGAUAUUCAUCUUCCCAUUGGAUGGCUCCGGCCCAACAAGUAUAUUUCCUGAAGCAGCUGAUGGAUCAUUCCAGAAUGGAAAUGCAGGAAAUGUGGGUGAUGGCUCCGAAUCUUCUGCACCCUCUGGUUCACCGCAAAUUAUCAUGCUCCCUUCUUUUUAUGAAGCCAGUGCUCCACCAGCAAGUCCAUUACGUGCUCCACUAAGUUUGUCAACAAAACAGUUUGGUGCCUCAAAAUCAUCAUCUUCUAAAUCAUUCACAAAGCACUUAUCCACCUUGGCCAAUAUGAAACUAAUAAAGUCCCCACAGCAAUUAAAAGCCUUAAGCCGCAAAACACCAAUGAGUAGACCCAAGAAAAGAUAAGAAGAAUAAAAAGGUAAGAUCAUGGAAGAAGCUUCAAUUGUACAGAUGCAAAAUUGUGGGCAGAAUGGGAACACAGAUACAAACAUUACUCCAAAUGCUGUAAAAUUAUAGAAUUACCACUGAAUUUUUUCUUUGCAUAUUACUCAUGUGAGAAGUGAAUGCUAUCAUGUUUUUCUUUCUAGUAAUAGUUGAAAAAACAUCAAAUAUCAAUUAAUCAGCUGGCCAAAAACUCUACACUUCACCAAGCAAAAGAAAAUAGACAAUGGAGUUUUUUGAACUGCAGUGUUUUUUGGCAAUAUGCCAUUUUCACUAAGUGUCUUACAUUUAAUACAUUUUAACAGGGCAUGAACUAUAAAAUUAUCUUUUUCAUACAUAAUUAAUAAUUAAAAUGCAUUUACAAUAUUUUGAAUACUGUUCCAGUUGCUUCAGUAAAAUAAAAAUGUGUUUUAUGCCGAUGUAACACAGCCUUUCUGGUGGCAAAAAAUGUGUACAUUUUUAAAAGCAGCUUUAAAUAAAAACCAAUCAUUAAUCAGA